ACAUUUUUCCAUUAAGGCAAUUGCAUGUGCAUAAAUAUUUAAUUUGAUGCUGAACCGUCUCCCAGCAAAUUGAUUUUCAUACCUACUGGCACUGGAAAAUAGACUAGAUCUACUGAGAAAAGAAAAGAAUUGAAAUUCAUAUUUAUAAAGAAAUAGCACAAUGGACAAGUGUAUCGUUGACGCUGACACGGUCAUACUAGACUGGGCAAAGAAGUGGUAUGAUGAAAAUAUGAAGAAAGGACUGGAAAAACUUCAUAAAGGUGAGAAACUGGAUUGGGAAGCAAUCAACAUUGACCUUAAAAAGCAGGUGGGUGAUGACAAGCUUCGCUUGGUGCCCGAUGAAGGCGCAGAUAUUGAAAGGGACGAAAAGAUCAGCGAUGAAGAUGCUUCCACUGGACCCAAACAGCAACGCGCCUACGUGCUGUUCCGCUCCUGCUUCAACAACGACACAUGCGGAGAUCAGGAACACACUCUGAGAACAGAACGCAGAACAAACUCCACGUGCCAAGUGUCCAUUUCAGAAGGAUGUAGAAUCGGCGGAGGCUUCAGUUUAAAUGUCCCAAACCCUGUGAUUGAGGCUAACGUUGGUUUUAGCAAAGAACUGGAAAUUACAGAGGGGAAAGAAACGACUACCGAGCGCGAGUUGACGUGGACCCUUGACAGCCUUAUCAAAGUCCCCGCCAAAACCAAGAUCACUGCAGAAAUGCAGGUGAAGGAAGCAGAAUACCAAGGGAAAUUUGAGCUUAAAACGUAUAUAAGGGGACGUUUUGAAGUAGUCUUGAGCAAAAACGGCUGUCACCUUGGUACAAUCAAAGGUUCCAAUCUGAAGAAAGUUUUUACCAAAGAACACGGUUUCAAGGAGGACGCAGCAGGGGUGUAUAUUGUAACACGCGGUACCUGCCACUUUCGAUACGGCAUUGAGCAAAAUUUGCGAUUGUAUGAAGAAAAACUUCCUGGCUGGGAGGACCUGAAGAGGAAUAAACAAGACUAGUGGCCAGGGCUUAUAUUUUAUUACAACCUGGAGCGUCGACAUAUAUGCAUGCUGCUUUACAACGCUUAGUUCACUGCAAGCUAGAAAGAACUGUCGGAACGUUUGUAGAACAUUCGGUACAUUUACAAAAGCAUAUUAGCCUUCGCCUCUGCCAAGUGGAAAGGAUUUAUUAAUGUACGUGCAUAUGCAUUCUGACAAAUGUAUAUCCAGGCAGUUAUCUUGUAUUAACGCUCGUUUCCAUUUCUAAAACUAAAGAAUAGACGCUUAUGUGUUACACAGUCGACAAUUGGAAAUUAAAUGUGGUAAGCUUUUUG